GUCUACUGUGCACUGUGUAUCUCACCCUAUCUAAUCAUCAAAAGCCUGCCCCUAAAGGCCAUGAUUCUAUAUAUAUCAGUAGCGUUCCAGAUCAGUGACACUCUUCAUCACCAAAAUGAGGUCUUCUCACACUCUGCUGCUGUUAGCCUUCUGUCUGCCAGUCUUGCUGGCGGUGCAUGAACCCAACCCAUGGGCACUAUGGCAGUUCAGAGGGAUGAUCGUCUGUGUUAACCCUAGCAGCUGGCCUGUGCUGGACUACGCUGACUACGGCUGCUACUGUGGGAAGGGCGGCUCAGGCACACCUGUGGAUGAUCUGGACAGAUGCUGUCAAGUUCAUGACUACUGCUACUCUGAUUCCAUGCAGCACGAGGAUUGCUGGGGCAUCUUUGACAACCCUUACACUGAAAUAUAUAGCUACCAGUGUGACAGAGCCUCUAAGACUGUCACCUGCAAAGAAAACAACAAUCCGUGUGAGAUGUUUAUCUGCGAGUGUGACAGACAAGCAGCCAUGUGCUUUGACAAGGCGGGGUACAACCCAGAGCAUGAGCACCUUCCCGGUGAGCACUGCUAGUAUGGUAAUGCACGGGGAACCAGGACAUAACCUGCAGUGGCCCACCUUCUCUUGAAAUCAAUAACAGCUGUUAUGAUCCAAUAUGUGCCUUUGUAUUGGUUAUUGCUAUUCAUAUACACCCACAGAUAGAGUGGAAAAGACCUCCAAGAAAGCUAUUAAAUUCUGACAUACCAAGGUUUAAUUAAACUUUAUUCUGUGAAUAAG